AUGAUAACUGUGAAGCAUAUGAAGGAUGGCAAAUACUCAGUAUCACAUUUUCAUGAAGAACACACCCAUGAUUUUGUCACACCUAGGAAGCAACAUUUAAUCAAGUCUAACAGAAAAGUCAGUGAGAAGGCCAAGGGCACACUAUUCAGAUGUCACGCAGCUAGCAUUGGUACAUCAGGGGCGUUUCGGUUGCUUCGUGUUGGUGAGGGUGGAUUUGAGUUCGUGGGGUGCACAAAAAGAGACCUGCAAAAUUAUCAUCGUGACAUGAGAAGUACUUUCAAGGAUUCAGAUGCUCAAAUGUUCAUUGACAACCUCAGGAAGAGGAAGAAAAUCAACCCGGGGUUCUUCUUCGAGUAUGUUCUUGAUGAUAAAAACUGUCUGACACAUGUAUUUUGGGCUGAUGCUUUUUGUAGAAAGAAUUAUGCUUUGUUUGGAGAAAUGGUGUCCUUCGACUCUACAUAUAGCACCAACCAGUACAACAUGAUUUUUUGCCCAUUCACAGGAAUAAACCACCACAUGGGAUCUGUUUUUUAUGGUGCCGCCUUGAUUGCAGAUGAGAAGAUAGAGUCAUAUGAAUGGGUAUUUCAAACGUUCUUGAAAGCAAUGGAUGGGGCAGCACCAAGGCUUAUAGUAACUGAUGAAGACCAAAGCAUGAAGGUUGCAAUUGAACAGAUAAUGCCAAACACUAUCCAUAGGUUAUACAUGUGGCACAUAAUGAGAAAGCUUCCAGAAAAGGUUGGCCCUCCAUUGAGAGAGGAUGAACAUUUCUAUAGUACAAUUAACUCAUGUGUAUGGGGCUCUGAAAACCCAGCUGAAUUUGAGGCAAAAUGGUCUUCAUUGAUUUCUGAAUUUGGGCUUGAGGAAAACACAUGGUUUGCCAGGAGAUACGAACUUCGUGAAUCAUGGAUACCAGCCUACUUCAGAGGUGUGUUUUUGGGUGAGACACUAAGAACCACUUCAAGGUCAGAGAGUGCUAACUCACCUUUCAAUCACUUUAUUGGCUACAAACAUGCUUUGGUGGAGUUUUGGAUUAGGAUUGGUACAGCCCUAGAAGAACAACGUCAGAAUGAACUCAAGGCUGACCAUGAGUGCCUCAAUUCUAUGCCUCCAUUGAUUACAUCUUGGGAGAUUGAGAAGCAUGCUAGUCUGGUCUUCACCGAUGAGGUUUUCAAAUAUCUUCAAAAGGAGACACGUGGAAUUCCAUGCCGACAUAUCAUCGUUGUUUUGAGAGGUGCAAAGAUGAAUGAGCUACCUAGCCAUUUUAUUCUAGAUAGGUGGAAGAAAACCGUUAACAGGAGGGUACUAUAUGAUAGCUACGGCAACUUGCUUGAAGAGGAUGAAAGUAGUUCCUUAAAUCUGGCAAAGCGGAAAAUGGUUUCUGAGAUACACCAAGUAGUGGAUGACACAAUUAGGUUGGCUGAACAAUCUCCUGAAGAAUUGGAAGCUUUAAGAAACAUGCUCAUUGAAAUGAAAAGAAAUGUGUCUGAUAGGGUUGUUGCCGAUAAUCCUAGUAGGCAAGAUGAGUUUGAGGCAUAUAUUGGUUGUACUAUGCCUAAUCAAGUUGAAAUUCAUCCACCAACUGACGUCCAUACAAAAGGGAAAUGCAAAAGUAUUAAGGGGCACUUAGACAAGGGUGGUCAUCAAAAUAAGAAUGGAGAAGGGAAGCAAAAUAUGGAUGGAGAGGGGAAGAAAAAUGUUGCUGGACCGAAAAAGAAAGUGCCUAGAACAUGCAAGAAGUGUAAGCAGGUGUUGUUCAAGCUCAAUCAAUCUUCUCAUUUUCUGAAAUCUUAUGAUGCAUUUCAGAACGACAACUUGGAUAUGUACAGCAAUAGCGAAAGAGCAAAGAUUUCCUGUAUAAGCACAUCCAUUCAAGUAUUUUCUGUACAUCCACUUUCAUUCAGCUGCAGCAAAACACCAAGUACUUAUCUGUACAUCCAAUUCAUCAUUCAGUUACAGCAAAACACCUACGUUUCUACUCUGUACAGCGGAACUGCAGCUUCGAUGGACAACCAAGUUGCCGUGUCGCCGUCGCAGGGAGGCAGCACCGUGGCGGCCGGGUCUCCCUCGCGUGGACCAGCACCAGGUCGCCUGGGGGCAGCGCUAGGUCGUUGGGCCGCGGAGGUCGCCGUGGCACUGGGGCAUCACGGCGGGCGUCGUCGGGUCGCCGAUGCGUGGUGCUACCGCUGCCGCCACCAGCGCGUGUAG